AUGAGCUGCCCAGGAAUUCGCAGUGUUUCUCAUUUCAACAGUGGCCGAAUUGCGGCUGUGCCUCUCAGCGCAGCUGUGGAUGGAUUCAAGUCACAUCUGGUCUUCAAAGAGAUUGAAAAGAAGCUCCAGGAGGAAGGAGAGCAAUUUGUGAAGAAAAUUGGUGGAAUCUUUGCCUUCAAAAUAAAAGAUGGUCCUGGUGGGAAAGAAGCAACUUGGGUCGUAGAUGUGAAAAAUGGUAAAGGCUCAGUGGCAGUUAAUUCAGAUAAGAAGGCAGACUGUACAAUUACAAUGGCUGACACUGAUCUGUUAGCACUCAUGACUGGCAAGAUGAAUCCUCAGACAGCAUUCUUUCAAGGCAAAUUGAAGAUUUCUGGGAACAUGGGCAUGGCAAUGAAGCUUCAGAAUCUACAGCUUCAGCCAGGCAAAGCUAAACUUUGAGCUUAUUAGAGUAAAUAGUCAUAUAUUCUGGACAAAAAAAGGUAGAAUGAAACUAGAUGUUAUCAAUAAUAUGGCACAGGCUGGGUUAGCUUGGGCCUCUCUCACUAAAUUCUGUGGUUAGAGACCUUAAUUCUCUGAAAUUCCAUCCGUUUCUCUCUGGCUAAGCUUGAGGCACUAACUCCUACGAAUGAUACGAGCUGGGGUUUUGUGACAGUUUUUGUUCUAAUGAAUGUGGGAAAUUUUGUUAACUGUAGAGUCGAAUGAGGCUACUUACUGUCAUUCAGCUUGGCUGGGGGGGAAGUGAGCAAAGUUAUGAGUGGUUUGACAUAUCAGUUAAGUGAGUUGUGUUUUUAAAAGCUGUAAUAGCAGGUCAUACAAUGCUUUCAGACUUCCAUUCUAACAAACUUGCUGCUGCUUAAAUUCAAAUGGUCUUGCAAAGGGGGAUCUCUAACAACAUUUUUUAGAAUAUGUUUUAGGAAUUUGCUAUAAAAUACCUUUCUUAUUACUACUUUGGGAUUAAAAAAAAAUAAAAAUAUGCAGAAGUAAGCAGGAGCUGGAAUGUUGCUUUGAGAUUCACAGGGUUUGAUAAUGCUUCAUCUUGAGAACAGCUUAGGUUUGCCAGGAGAGCAGAGAGGGAGUUAUAACUGUGUUUUCUCUUGUUGAUUAUGAUGAAAUUCUUGUCAGUAAUGUAAAGGCUUUAAGUUUGUUUUGGGAAAAUGUAUUCUGGUUGGAAGUUUAAUAGAAAAUUAAAUAUACUUUUCCUGUUCUUC